UAAAAAAACAUUCUAUUAAAGUUAACAUAAAAAACCAAAAAACUAAACCCGUUAAACUAAAAGCUCUAUUACAUAACUAUAUUUUAUAUAGAUUAUAUAUAUAUAGGUUGAUCUCUUUCUUUCUCUCUCUAUUUUUUUUAUUAUUCAUCUUUUAUGUUUUACAAUCUAUUUAGUUACAUUUUUUUUCUUUUGUUACCACUAGUUAGUAGUUAGCAUUUGGUUUAUCUUAAUUUUUUUGGUUACAUUUUUUUUUCUAUUUAAGAUUGCUUAGUUUUUUUUUUUUUUUUUGUAAGGAUUUCACUUCACUUGAUUUAAUGCUUAUCAUUGUUUUCACAUAUUUGUAGUUAUAGACAUAGACAUAAUUUAGUAAUUUCAUUUUCACAUAUGAGAUUGGCCUUAGAUAAUAACAAAGUUAUAGAGCUCUCUAAGAAAAUAGCUUUUUUAAAAAUUGCUAAGAGAAGUAUGUAUUUUUAAAUAUUGUUGGAUCUCAAGGCUUAGUGGACCCUAGGCACAGGCAUUGGUCGCCUUAGCCAGCCCAAGAACAAUCCUCUCAUCCUCACAAUGGGGAGGGAUAAGUUAAAAAAUAAUUAUUUUUUGUAUCUAUUAAUCAAAAAUACCCUUAUAUUAUAUUUUAUUAAAAUAUACCCAAAUUUUAGUGGGUUGUCCAAUAUACCUUCAUUCUCUACUUAAAUCUAGCAUAUAAUUUAUAUUAACUUAAAGGGUCUAAUGGGGACAUCAUCUAUAAAAGUGAGUAUAUCUUAAAAGAUAUAAAAAUGGAAGUAAAAAUUUAAACAAGUAAAAUAAUAUAGAUAUACAAUGUAAUUUCUCCUAAUGAGGAGGUUUUUAAGGUUCCACUUAAAAGAUAAAAUAAUAUAUAAUAUGUAUAUUCAAAAUAAUGUUGUUUCCUCCAAAAUUAGAAUAAUGGGCCUGGGCUAAGGCAAGUUAAGCCCGCGCUUAGGACCAUCCAACCCAAGAUCUUAAAUAUUUUCCAUUUAAAAUUAUAUAUAUAUUUUUUAGUAAUUUUCAAAAAUACUACUUAUUUUUCAAAUACAAGGUUCAAUAAUUUUUUUUUCUUAAAGUCCACCCAAUCUUAGGGCCUGCCUUAAAUACACAUAAAGUUUAAAUAAAUCUAUAUUGUGAACUAAGAUGAUAUGUUCCAUGUGUAACUUAUUUUAGGUUUAAUCAAAACAUGGAGUUUGUAAAAUGUAACUAAUUUAUGUGUUGUUAUGAUUUUUAAACAAUAUAAUUUUUAACAAGUUUUAUAGUUAAAAAAAAAAAACUACAAAGAAUUUAUCAAAUUAUACACAAAAACAACCUUGACCAUCAAGAUAGAAUUUUCUAAGUAUAGGAAGACCUAAGACAUAUGUCAAAUUGUUUCUUUUACCUCUUUACAUUUUUUUUUCACACAACCCUAACUUUAAGCCUUUCGGUUCAAAUUUCAAUCCUACUUGUUUUUUGUUUUUGAAGGUCAUGCCAAAAAAAUGAAAUAAAAUUAAAACAAUAUACCAAAUAUAGUAAGAAGAAAAAAAAACAAGAAAUUUCUAUCAUCAACAGAAAUCAAACAUCUUUUAUCUUAAACAUAUGUACUUGUAUAUAUAAACUAAACCUUAGUAAUGGGAAGGACAAUUCCAAAUACCGAAAUUCAUAUAAUCAAUCCAAUCUUAUCCAUUUCAAUCCUUGCAGUUGGAAUGGCCGCCGCAAUAGCUAUAAUCAGUGGUCUAUGUGGUGUUAAAUAUCGUAAAAAAUCAUCAUCACCAUCACCAUCGUUAUCUUUGUCUCCUUCAUCGUCAACUAAACAAGAAAACAAUGAAGACAUAAUAUUGGAUUCACCAUCACCGCCACAUUCUUCUUUUUUUCCUUUCUCUCAUCAAGAUGUAGAGCUACACGAAAAUAAAGCACAAGAUACUAGUUAUAAUAAUAGAAAAGAUGAGGCGUCAUUUAAUCCAAAGAAAGUGAUGAGAGGAACGUAUUCAUUCAAAGAAUUGAAGAAGACGAUAACAGCUGGUUCAUCGAGCAUAAAAGUGAGAAGAAGUUUGUCUUUAAUUGCUAGAGGUCGACCAGAGAGUCAAAUUAAAAAUGAGGAUACGAUAAAUAGUAGUAGUAACGACGAUACUACUAAGAAAAAAGGGAAGAGGAAGAUGGAUCAUCAAGAAUCGAUUUGGAUGAAGACAAUCAUUUUAGGGGAAAAGUGUAAAGUUUCAGAUGAGGAAGAAGAAGCUGUGAUUUAUGAGCGAAAAGGAAAGAAAAUCUCUGCAUACCAUCCUAGAACGGGGAGUUCUUUGUCCAUUUCUAGGCAAUCAUCGUUCAUUAAUCAAGAUCAUACUCUAGUUUCUUGUUCUUCAAGAUCAUAAACAUUAUGAUGCAUUUCAAGUAUAUAUGCAUUUAAUCUUUAUUGCAUUAUUCUCAUAACUUAUUUCAUUUUAUUUUUAAUUCUUCCAUUUAAUAAAAGGAAAAUUGAGAAGGAAAAAGAAACUUGUAUUUCAUGCAAAUUCAUAUGAACAAAUUAAAUGUACACGCAUAACAAAUAAACAAAUUAUACAACAUGAAAUUAAGUUGGGGAAUAUCUAUCUAUAUGGAAUGUUGUGUAAAAUUAAUUUUGUGAAUUUUAUCUCAACAUGAUAAUUAAUAUGAAAAAAAAAACAUUUAACAUGCAACAUGUACUGGUGGAUAGUUUCAUCAAUGGAAUUUUGUGUUUAGUGUGAUUAAAUUUAUUUAAAACAAAAAUAAUUUUAUAAACUUUGUAUUUUCCACUUACAUUAUUAUCUUUUUCAUUGAAUUUUAUUAUAUAUAUAAUAAAAUAAAAUUUUGAAGAUAACAUUAAAAAUAUUUUCAUUUAUUUUUCAUUAAUCAAAUAUAGGACAUAAAAAAUAUUUUCAUUUAUUUUUCAUUAAUCAAAUAUAGGACAUAAAAAAAAAAUAUAUCUAUCUAUUUUUCAUGAACAUAAAAAUCUAUCUAUUCUAGUUAAACUACUCUACUUUUUUUUUUUUCUCAUUUUUUAAUUUAUAUUAAUUAAUAAACAAAUAUUUCAUUAUCUCUCUUUAGGUUUAGUCGUGAUUGUAAACAAUUAAUUCCUUAUAUGAUUGGAGUCUCUUUAGUGUUUAUUUAUCAGUUACCAAACAUUAACUCAUAAAUUUGUAAGAGCUUCUCAUUUUCUUCAAAUUGAAAUUUCAAAAAAGUAUUAUUCCCGCUGAAUUUAUGUCUACGUUGUUAUACAAUUUAUCUUCAUUAACAAAAGUUAUUUUCCUUUUAAAAAAAAUUCAAAUACUUCUCCAAUUACCAUUUA